AUGUUUUCUCUUUUGCGAAGACACUAUAGCAGUGUUGCUAACAUCCCACGUUUUGUUGAAUUAGUAGAUGUUUGCAUUGUAGGUGGUGGACCUGCAGGUUUAGCUACCGCUAUUAAAUUGAAACAAAUAGAUAAAGAGAAAAAAUAUCGAAUUGUUGUAUUAGAAAAGAGUGCUGACUUCGGUAAUCAUAUUGUUUCCGGUUGCGUUAUUGAUCCAAAAGCUUUGAAAGAAUUGUUUCCAGGAGAAUCUUUACCAUGUAAAGGUCUUUUGACACCUGUGACAAAAGAUGAUUUCAAAUUAUUGCUUAACAAAACUUUGUCUAUACCCGUUCCUAUCCCAUCUGAUCUACAGAAUAAAGGCAAAAACUAUAUAUGUUCUUUGAGUCAAUUGACUAAAUGGUUAAGUGAACAGGCAGAAGCGCUUGGUGUCGAAUUAUAUCCUGGUGUUGCAGUCUCUGAUAUCAUCUAUGAUAGGGAUCAAAAAUCUGUUCUUGGUGUAGCUACAAGAGACCUUGGUUUAGAUAAAAAUGGCCAACCGCGAGAUGAUCGCUUUGAAAAAGGUUUACAAUUCCAUUCUAGACAAACUGUGUUUUCUGAAGGUUGUAGAGGAUCUUUAUCUAAACAGCUGAUCAAACAUUUCAAAAUGUAUCAAAACAAUGACCCCAAAUUCCAAGGUCAAACUUAUGGUCUUGGUAUAAAAGAAAUUUGGAAGGUGGAUCCAUCUAAAUUCAAACCCGGAUAUACUUCACACACUAUGGGUUAUCCAUUAAGUUAUAAUACCUAUGGUGGUGGUUUUCAAUAUCACUUUGGUGAUAACUUAGUUACAGUUGGUUUAGUCGUUGGUCUAGAUUAUAAAAAUCCAUACAUCUCUCCUUACCAAGAAUUCCAAAAGCUGAAGCAUCAUCCAUACUAUGCGAAUGUAUUAAAGGGUGGAACAUGUAUUGGAUAUGGUGCUCGUGCGUUGAACGAGGGAGGCUUACAAAGCAUCCCAUCAAAAAUGACCUUCCCUGGUGGUAUUCUUGUGGGCGACUCUGUUGGUUACAUGAACGUUCCAAAGAUUAAAGGUAGUCAUACUGCAAUGAAAAGUGGUAUAGUAGCUGCUGAAGAGAUUUUUAAAGGUUUGGAAGCAAGACAAUUUAAGACCAUGGAUACUUUAAUUCAAGAAUGUGAGAUGAACAACAUUGAGUUGGAUUCUACUAAUGUUGUAGAGGUUCUGAAUCAAAAAGAUAAUGGUCCAUCAAUUUUUGAAUUAGGUUCAUAUGAAGCUGCUAUCAAGAAAUCAUGGAUUUGGGAUGAGUUAUAUAAAGUGCGCAAUGUCAGGCCAGCAUUUAAUACUAAACUGGGGAUGUAUGGUGGUAUGAUGUACUCUGGAUUAGAUACUAUGUUUUUAAAGGGAAGAGUACCAUGGACUUUCUCUCAUCAUACUAACAAUGGUAAAUAUAUCAGUGAUGGUGAAGUCACUGAACCAGCUAAGAAUUUUAAGAAGAUUGAAUACCCUAAAGCAGAUAAUGUAAUUUCUUUUGAUAUUAUGACUUCAAUUUCACGUACUGGUACAUAUCAUGACCAUGAUGAACCAUGUCAUUUACGUAUUGGUGAAAACCAGGAUCUAGAAAGCCAUGCAAAGAAAUCAUGGCCACAAUGGAAGGGUAUUGAACAAAGAUAUUGUCCUGCAGGUGUCUAUGAAUACACUGAAGAAGGUAACUUCAAGAUUAAUGCACAAAAUUGUGUUCAUUGUAAGACAUGUGACAUCAAGGAUCCUACUGGUAACACUAAUUGGGUUGUACCAGAAGGUAAUGAUGGACCAAAAUAUUCUUCUACUUGA